GUGCAGCAGUGUGCUGUACUGCUGUGUGAGUGUGCAAGGUUGGUGAUUGGUGACGAUGUGAAGUGUCUCAUCGCAUUUCAUAUUUAUUAUUUAUAUUUUUCACGUGAAUUUAUUAUUAAAAAUAAUUAAGUAAAUUUAAAUUAAACCACAAACUUUUUAUUUAUAAAAAUUAUCAUUAAAUAUAUCAUAAGUUUAAUAAUAAUAAUAAAAUUAAUUAAUUAGUGUUAAAUGUUUAUAAAGUGCCGCAUUCAAGAAGCAUUUUUUUGUUCUUUUUGUCUCAACAAAAAUACUGAGUCUUGAAGAAAAAAAAAAAAAAAUAUAUAACUUCAACACACCAACUAUCCUCAGGGCCAAAAAAUUGCAUUUUUUUUUUUUGUGUUCCAUAUUAUCUUUGGCAAGACAAAGAGACGUGUAUGAUUUGUGAAUUGUUAAUAUAAAAACCAUAAAAUUGUUAAAAAAAAAAAAAGAAAAUAAAUAAUUACAUUGUAAUUUAAAACAUAACCCAACAGUUUCAAUUUGUUUGUUGUCUUCAAGUUUCUUUUUUAAUACUUCAUAUAUUCACCAAAAUUGGUGUGGAUUCAUUAUAAAUUAGUACCACGCGUUUAACAACCUGCUUUAUCAUCAUUUUUUCCAUAAAUUAAUACUAAUUUCAUCAUCACCCACAAUGUCCAUGAGUUUUUGACAAAGUUAAUUUGUCCAUAUUACCCAGGUUAAUUUUAUAAUUUUUUUUGGGAUAUAUUAUAAAGAGCAACAUGUGGUCAUCACAAGAAAAAUCAAAUUCAUCAUCAGGUACAAAUGCUGUAUCAUCAGCACAAAAUUCAGUUACAGCACCAUUGUCAUCAACAACAACAUCAGCACCAUCACAAAAUUUACGUACACUUGGUAUGACAUCAGCCAUAAGUGUUGCUGAACCCAAGCCAAGUGAUCUUAUUAGAACAGGUGAAUUACGUGAAUCACUUGAACCAUACAAUGUCUUUGAAACUGAAGAAGAAUUAAAUCAUCGAAUGGAAAUAUUAAGUAAACUAAAUGCUCUUGUUAAACAAUGGAUUAAAGAUACAAGUAUUGCAAGAAAUAUGCCACCAAAUGUUGCUGAUAAUGUUGGUGGUAAAAUAUACACAUUUGGAUCAUACAGGUUAGGUGUACAUCAUAAAGGUGCUGAUAUUGAUGCACUAUGUGUUGUACCACGUCAUAUAUUGAGAUCAGAUUAUUUUACAUCAUUUUUUGAGUUACUUAAAAAACAACCAGAGGUUACAGACUUGAGGGCAGUUGAAGAGGCAUUUGUACCAGUUAUAAAAAUGGAUUUUGAUGGUAUUGAAAUUGAUAUGUUAUUUGCAAAAUUAGCACUUAAAGAAAUACCAGAUUCAAUGGAUUUAAAAGAUGAUAUAUUAUUAAAAAAUUUAGAUCAAAAAUGUGUUAGAAGUUUAAAUGGUUGUCGUGUUACUGAUGAAAUUUUACGACUUGUACCAAAUAUUGAAAAUUUUAGACUAGCAUUAAGAGCUAUUAAAUUAUGGGCUAAAAAACAUGGUAUAUAUAGUAAUAGUCUUGGUUAUCUUGGUGGUGUAUCAUGGGCAAUGUUAGUUGCACGAACAUGUCAAUUAUAUCCAAAUGCAGUUGCAGCAACAUUAAUUGAAAAAUUUUUUCUUGUAUUUUCACAAUGGAAAUGGCCACAACCAGUUUUAUUAAAACAACCAGAUAAUGUUGCAUUAGGUUUUCCAGUAUGGGAUCCACGUGUUAAUAUAUCCGAUCGUUAUCAUUUAAUGCCAAUAAUAACACCAGCAUAUCCACAACAAAAUUCAACAUUUAAUGUAUCAGUAUCAACAAGAACAAUAAUGCAAGAAGAAUUUGAAAAUGGUUUAUCAAUAACUGAAGAAAUAAUAAUGGGUAAAGCAACAUGGGAUAAAUUAUUUGAACCACCAAAUUUUUUUUAUAAAUAUAAACAUUAUAUUGUAUUAAUGGCAAGUAGUUCAACAUCUGAAGAUCAACUUGAAUGGACUGGUCUUGUUGAAUCAAGAAUACGUCAUUUAAUUGUAACAUUAGAAAGAAAUCAACAUAUUAAUCUUGCCCAUGUUAAUCCAGAAGGUUUUCAACCAAUGAGCCCAGAACCAGGACGUUUAUGUUCAAUGUGGUUUAUUGGUUUACAAUUUGCUAAAAGUGAAAAUUUAAAUAUUGAUUUAACAUAUGAUAUUAAAUCAUUUGUUGAAACAAUUGAAAGACAUGCUGAACAAAUAUCAAUGCUUAAAGAAGGCAUGUGGAUUGAAGCUAAACAUGUUAAACGAAAGGAUUUAAAUCAAUUUUUAUCACCAAAAUUAUUAAAAAAAGAAAGAAAAUUAUCUAGCGUUGGACAUCGUAAUGGUGGUAGUAUUGGUGGAGGUGGUGGUGGUGGUAAUGGUAAUUCACCUAAAAAUAUAUUAAAUAAUAGAAAGAGACAUUCUGAUCAAACAGCUGAUACAAAUAAAAAACGUCCAAAACAAAGUCAAGAUAAUGAGCCAGCAAUAGCACAAGCUGAGGAAGCUCCAAUUGUUGAUGUACCAUAUGCUGGAGAAGACAGUAAUUCAGGAUUCAGUCUAGAUGAAUACAAGCAAAAUUUGCCAACAUCAAAAGACGAAACACCAACAGCUGGAUCAGCAGUUGUCCAAGAAGUGUGUACUUGAAUAAAUUAACGUAAUCAUCAACAAUGUGCAUCUUAUCGUAAAUAUUUUGCUAAAUAAUAUUCACUGCCCACAUUUAAAAAUUAAAAUUAUCAUCAAUAACUCAUCAAAUCUAGGGCCUGAUCAAUCAUUAAUAACAUCCAACAACUACAGUUUAUGGGUAAGUUUUUUAGCAAUUUAAAUAUUACUAGAAAACUUAAUUUUAAAUACAAUAACACAUUAUUCAAAUUAAAUCAUAGACACAAUGAAGUGAGAACUGACUGGUUAAAUCUAUAAUAUCGCUCAUAUAAAUAUUUAAAAAUUUAAUAAAAUAAUAUUAACAGGGAUAACACAGAAAAAAAACCGAUAAAAACGACAAAAAAAAAAUUAAAACAUUUUUUUUUCUUUUGCUGUAGCUGUAAAUUAAUGUCUGUAAUUAUAAUUUCUUUUUUUUUAUUCGAAAAAUUAACUUAAUAAUAGAGAAAAGAAAAAAACAUUUAGGAAAAAAUUCCUAGAGAAAUUUCUAACACGAUUAAUGUUCUACUGAAGUGAAUCUUUGCUUUUGUUUUUUUUUUUAUAUCUAGACAAAUUGGUAUUAACUGCACAUUUUUUUUACUGUCCACAUGUUGUUUAAUGAAAUAAAAAUAUGUAUACAUUAUUGUAUAUGAAAAUUUCGGUAAAAUUAUUCAGCUAAUCGUUUAAUAGUAAUUAUUUUUUAUUGUAUUUACAAUUAAUUGACGAGGAUUUUGAAUUUGUGUAAUAAUAAUAUUAACACUAAUUAACUGAUGGUUUAAUUAAUUGUUGAUGUCACUGAUAACAAAAAUAAAAUUAUGAAUAAUUGAUAAAACCGUAACAUUGUUUGGCUAUUUUAAAAAAUUAUUAUAUUUUUUUUUUCUUAGAAAAACCACGGGAUAAUAAAAUUACAUGAAAUUAUUAAUGAAAAUCUAAUUUUAAUAUCUCGUGUUGAUUUGAUUUUAAAAAAUAUAAAACUUUUCGGGUUUAUAUAAUUUUUUCUCUUAUCUUUUUUACGGUUUUAUCAGUAAUGAAAAAAAUAAAUUGCGAAACACUCUGCUUAUAAAAAUAUCGUGUAUUUUACGUUGCUGUAAAAAAAAAAUUAAUUAAAAUAUUAUUUUUAUUAAACGUAAUAAAAAUUAAGAAUUAAUAAAAAAAAAAAAAAAAAAGCUGUAUCACUUUUCAUUUAUUAUCAUUAAAUUUUCAUUAUUAUUUCCUUUAACAUUUCAUCUAAAAAAAAAAUUAUAUAUAUAACGUAAAUAAAAUUGCCUCAUUUGCGAAAAAAAUAAAAAGAAAAAAAUGAAAAAAAAAAUGACGAUAAACGAAAUAAAGAUAAAAAAAAAAUUUGAAAAAAAUUAAAAAUAAAAAAAAAAAUAUUUAAUUUAAUUUUUUGGGUAUAAAUGUAAUAAUAAUUAAUGAGUUGAAUAAAUCGUCAAUAAUGUUAUAAAUAAAUGGGCAGUUAUAAAUAAAAUUGUCGAAAAAAAAAAAUGAAAAAAAUAAAAAACGAAAUAAAAAAAAUAAUAU